UUGCGUGUCCUCCCCACGCCUUUUAUCUCACUAGCGUGUGGAGGACACGGUCAUGGUAACACCUUAAUAUGAACGUGCAGUACCAGCAGAUGGCAGUCAUUUACUCAUUGUCAACAACUAUUACAACAACUACAUGGAGCAGAGGAAGAAAUCAGUCGCCAUUUUUACAGAUCCCGACCCACCAGCUCCAGCCCAUACUCCCUCCUACCUUUACCUCUCCUUGGCUUUUUCUAUAGUAAACCAACGGCUCUUUUAAGAGCCACUCCUCUACUGCACUCGCUCUCUCUCUGUCACACACACACACACACACACACACCUCUCUUUUUCUCACACACAUACACAGCUUCAUCUCUGUCUAUAAUCUGUCUGUCGCUCUGUCUGUCUUCUGUUUGUCUGUCUAUCUUUCUGUUUCAGAGACAUGCCAGGCCAGGGGUCAACCUCAAGAGAGUGUGUGGCCUGUCAUGCUAUCAUAAACGUAGCUUGCAAAACCUGCAAAAUAUGCAAGGCAGGACAGCCACAUAAAUUGAGGCUUAAAAAGAAACUGGCUAAAUUUGAUGAGAAACGGGAGAGCUGGGUCCAAACAAACAAGAAAAACAGGACUGUAUCUCAUAUCCACGAUGAAGCAAAUAUAUUGCUUGAAAAACUGCAGGCCCUGGGUGUAAGGGCAAUGCUCUUUACAGCAAAACCUGGCAAAAAACCAAACACCUGGCUGUCCGAGGUGCUAGCGCCCCGUUGCCAAUUGACAGAGUACGCCACUACAUGUGUGGACAGAAUGAAGGACCUUUAUGGACUUCUUGUUCACGACUGGGUCCCACAAGAUGCUACAGAACAGUUGGAUGAACCCUCAUCAGCCCCAGUUGAACCACCAAUUGGACCAGUCGCUCCACCAGAUCCCCAGCAAACAUUGGCUCCACCUGAUCCCCCAGCAGCCCCAACUGGACCACUAAUGGCCCAACCAGACCCACCAGUAGCAGUGGCUUCAUUUUAUCCCACAGCAACCUCGGCUACAUCAGUCAAGUCCCUGACUAGGCCACCAGCAGCCCAAACUGAACCAUCAUCAUCUGGACCCCAUUCCUCAGAGGGAACUCCAGCAACCCCAGUUUCUUUAGAAAAAGAUGACAUUGAAGAAGGCUGUUCAGCUCCCAGUGCAGUGCUGCGACGAAAGAGGAAAGGGACAAAAAUUGAAGCUGGUGGAGUGGGAGCCGUGCAAACUCUGUGGAAAGGACUGGCCUUUGGAGUGGGUGCCGGAUAAAGACACCACUUGCUAAUGUUGCCAAAGUGCAGAUGGGACUGCAGUGCCCUUGUGUUUGUCAUGUUGUUUUGU